GUGAAAUAACAAAAAGGAUUACUCAACAUCAUGGAGUUAUUUAAAAAAAGUUUGCUUUUCUUGAUUCUACUGAUAAAUUAUUUGUCAAUGGUAUCAUCUUUUCGCAAUAAUGGACCAAGACAAUUAUUAUCAAAUAGACAAAAUCAAGACUUUCCUAGUGAAUUUUUAACACCACCAAAACAACAACAACCAUCAAAAAAUCCACGUCUUUUUUUACCAAUCAUUAAUCCUAAUACACGAGAAGGAAAAUUAUUGAUGAAUUUAUUAACAAGUACACCAGCUCCAAUACCUUUAUCAACAACACCAGAACCACCUGGUUUUUUUGCAAGAUUAUUUGGUUGGACAAAUGCAGUUAGUCCAACUACUCCAAUACCAACAACAACAACACCACAGCCACAGCCACAACAACAAACACAAACAAAUAAUUAUCAAUCACGUAAUUAUCAAGAUGAUGAUUCACAACAAGCUGGCCAAUGGCAGAAUACCUAUGAUGCACGAAAACAAUCAUUACCACAUAAAACAUAUUCAAAUGAGCAACUUCCACAUCCACCAUUUCCACCAAAUGGUCAAUCAUAUUCACCACCAUCUCAGAAAGGUAAUUGUAAUGAUUGUAAUAGUAUACCCUGGACUCCAAUAAAUAAAGCAAAUGCUUAUGAUGAUCAAAAUAAUUAUUCUGGAACAAAUAAUGGAUUACCUCAAAAUUCAAAUAAUAAAAAACCAAUUAAUCAACAAAAUAAUUUACCAUCAAAUAAUGUGAAAGUAUAUGCUCCAACUAAUACAGUACCAUUAAAAAAUAAACCAAAUACAAAUUGUCAGGAUAAUAAUAAAAUAUCAAAAAAACGUCAGCCAGAUUAUCCAGUUCCAAUAAAAAUUCCAAUUCAAAAUAUAUAUAUGUUUGCUGGUGCAUUACCACCAAUAUAUCGUGAAACAAAAUUUCAUCCUCAAACUAGAAGAAUUGAAAAUGAUAUAUUUAAUCAAACAAGUAAACCUAUUGAUCAAGUUACUGAUGCUUCAAAUACUGAACAAUUGACAACUGUUAUUCCAUAUUUUGGUAUCAACAGAAAUAAUGUUACAGCAUCAAAUAUAGGAAUAACAGCAUCUGGUCGUGAUUCAGUAUCAAAUUCAGUUUUUCAUCCAUAUGUUAUUAAUAAUCAGCCUGAAAAUGUUACAUACAUUUAUUCACAAUCAACAGAGCCAGUUAUUUACAUACAAAAUUCACCAACUGUUAAUUCAUUGUCAGGUGAAGUUUUUACAAUUGUUAAUUCACCAGUUUUAAAUUAUUCAACAACAGAAACACCAAUACAAUCAACAAUACAAUCAACUACUACUGUUCAACAACCAACAAUACAGUCAACAACUACCAUACAACCACCAAUAAUACAAUCGACAAGUACUAUUCAACAACCAAUAACACAAUCAACAAGUACUGUUCGACAAUCAACAAUACAGUCAACAACUACUGUUCGACAACCAACAAUACAAUCAACUACUACUGUUCAACCACAAAUAAUACAAUCAACAACUGCUGUUUGGCAACCAGCAAUACAGCCAACAACUACUAUUCAAGUACCAACAAUACAAUCAACUACUACUGUUGAACCACCAAUAAUACAAUCCACAACUACUGUUCAGCAACCAACAAUACAGUCAACAAGUACCACUCAACAACCAAUUAUACAAUCAACAUAUUAUCAAGUACAAACAACACCAAGUUCUAGAGUUAUAACAACAACAACAACACAAAAAUCAAAUAAUAAUAUCAAUAAUUCAAAUAGAAAAAAUAAAACUGAACAACCAUUGAGAGAUGCAAUUUACGAAUCUUAUCUUGAAUUUUUAAAAAGAAAUGAUAAUUCAACAACAAAAGAAAAACCAAAAUCAUUAUUUAAUAAUAAUAAUGGUGGUUCAACAUUAAAAGUAAUGAAUGCUUUUCCAGAUAAAAUUCAUGAUAGCUAUAGUAUUGAUGAUGACAAUGAUUAUCCUACCAGUAGACGACAAACUCCUAAAAGAAAUAAAUUAUUUCAAAUAAUUAUUCCUUAUACAUCACAAUAUAAACCAAGUCCAUUUAAAUUACCACAUGAUUUUUUAAAUCAACAAGAUAGCCACUCUGAUGAAACAGCCAUUUCUCCAACAAUAUUAACAUCAUCAAAAGAAUUUAACACAAAUUAUGAAAAUCAACUCUCAAAAAAUUUAGAAAGUAUGGAAAAAUUAUUAAACUCUACAGUUAGAAUAGCAAAACCAGCUAAUACAUCAAUUGAUCAUGUUAAAUUACAAAAAAAUAUUGACAAUUGGACAAUUUUAGAAUAUUCAACAACAAAAUUACCAGGUUCAUUUAGUCCACAAUUAACUCAAUCAAAAUCAAUACCAGAUGAAUACUUGACAACAACUGAGCCAACUACAUCAACUGAAAAUACAUAUGAUGAUGAUGAUGAUGAUUUUUCGGAAUUUUUUGAAAAUGAUUUAGAACAUGUUGGAUCAUCAUCAAGUGUAACAAAUAUUAAGUAUUCUCCAUUUAAAACUGAAAGACCAUCGACAUACAAUAUUGAAAAAACAAGUAAUAAAGAAUCAUCAAUAAACAUGAACGAUCAAUCCUCAAAACAACUUUCUGUUUCAAUGGCUUCAUUGAAUAAUGAACGUGUGUAUGUUGUUACACCACAAACAUUUACCAGUCAUAGUAAUAAUAAUAAUAAUAAUAAUAAUAAUAAUAGUAAUAAUAAAAGUGAUAAUAAUAAUAAUAGUUAUAAUAAUAAUGAAAAUAAUCAUAGUGGUAUUAGAAGAAUAAUAAAAAAUGAUAUGAUAAAUUCAACUGAAUUGAAUUCCAUUGAGAAAGCAUACCAGGUGCUACCUGAAGCUGUUAAUAAUCUUGAAGUUGCUUCAACUGGUCCAGCACAAAAUGGACUUUGGGGUAUUAUGGAGCAUGAUCAAUAUGCAUCAGUAAUUAAUAAUUCAACAUCAAAAAUACCAGUUCUUCAUUCAGGCCAUUCAAAGGUAUCACGUGGAAGACAAUAAUGAUUGCCAAAUAAAAAAAUGUAAAUUUAAAAAUAAUAUGAAUGUAUUUAAUAGACUGCCAAGUAUUUAUUAUUCAUUAUUUGAAUAUAUUAAGUUAUAUUUUUUUGAAUAUUAAUAGCUAAUUAAUGAUUGAUAGUUUUUGUAAUCAUCAAAAAUAUUAUUAUCAAUAUUUAAGCUCUACA